GCGCGUCCGAUCUGUUUGUGCUCGCGGCUGGUGGCUCGCUGCCAUCCCCUAAGCUACACGCCGGGCUAUAUAAGCGACCUCGCCGCCUCGGCGGGAGGCUCGCACACAGCCCGGCUCCGCUCGGCGCAGGGGAGGUUUCGGUGAGCUGCAGCUCUCUCUUCUUCCCGACCGGCUGCAAAUCCCUGAACCCGCAGCUGACAAGCCCUCGUCUCGCCCCCGGAUCUCAGCUCGGCUGGCGGCUCCGUGGCGAGAAGACGGGGUUUUUAUGGCUUUUUAGGACUGGGGAAGGCGUGGGACGGCUGCGGAAACUCCAGGAAACCCCUGGUCAUCUCUGGAAACACCGAUGGUCACCAUGAAAGGCUGGAUCCUCCUCCUCCUCUUGGGAGCCACAUCUGUUUUAGGACAAAGGAUUCUGAAACCAGCCCUCAGCAGGGUCCAGAUAGGACAGAGAACCUUCAGCCCACUGGUAAUGCUCAGCUUGGAGAGUACGAGGAGCAGCUCUCGCCGGGGAGACCCAACCUUCACCUACGUCAGACGCAGUCCACUGGUGCAAGAUUCAAAAAGGUUUUUGUCUCCAUGGUCGAAAUGGAGUGAGUGCUCAGCAAAGUGUGGCCAAACCGGGGUGCAGAAGCGUACCAGAUCCUGCCUAGCUGAGCGCCUCUGGGGCGUGCACUGUAAUGAAGCAACUGAGGAAGGGCGGCUCUGCAUUGGACAUGUUUGCUCAGCCUGCAACAUCACCUGCCCUAUGGGCCAUGUCAACGCUGACUGUGACACCUGCAUGUGUGAGGAUGCCACCCUGCAUGGGAAGGUGUCUCUCGAGGAUGGGUCACCUGCUGCUGAUGCCCGGGUCUAUCUGCAAGCCAAGAAACUCAAGCUGUUGACAAUGGCUGAUAACAGAGGCAUGUUUAGGAUCCCAGGGGUUUGUCCUGAUGGGAAAAACACCCUUAAAAUAAAGAAAGCCAAAUAUGCAACAGCGACUGUCACCGUGCCUGAGAGCAACCGGAGAAACCUGGCAAUCCAAGUGCAGCUGCACCGAUCAGGCAAACCCUAUGUUUUCAGGAGCCCUGAGGACAAAGCCAGGAGAGAGGGACAGAGCGUGUCACUCUGCUGCGAUGCCCGAGGGAGCCCAGCUCCCGACCGCUACCUCUGGUACCACAAUGGCUCACUGCUGGAUCCCUCCUUGUACAAAUAUAAAAACAACCUGAUUCUGAAGAACUUGAAGAGAGAGCAGUCAGGAGAGUAUUUCUGCAAGGCCAGCAGUGCCGGGGGGUCAGCAAAGUCCCAAGUUGCCAAGCUGGCUGUCAUAGGAAGACAAGAGGCAGCCUGUGACUCCCAACCCCAAAGCCAUCUCAUCCGACUUCCUCACGAUUGCUUCCAAAAAGCAACAAACUCCUUCUAUUACGACGUGGGCAAGUGCCCAGCAAAGACCUGUGUGGGAAAGCUGGAUAAGGGACUUCGGUGUAAGGACAAUGUCUCCUACUGCUGUGGGGCAUCCAAGAUGGAAACCAGGGACAUCUCCUGCGAUGGCUACACGCUCCCCACUAAAGUCAUCGUCGAAUGUGGUUGCAAAAUAUGCACUGAGACCAAAAUAAUGGUUCGAGGCAGAGCCACAGCAGCAGAUAAUGGUGAGCCACUGAGGUUUGGCCACAUCUACAUGGGGAACAAGAGAGUGAGUAUGACUGGGUACAAGGGAACCUUCUCCAUCCACGUCCCAGCAGAUAUGGAGAGACUGGUCCUAACUUUCGUAGACCGGCUGCAGAAGUUUGUGAACACAACAAAAGUUCUGCCCUUCAAGGAAAAUGGAGGUGCUGUAUUUCAUGAGAUCAAGCUACUAAGAAAGAAAGCCCCUGUUACACUGGAAUCCACCGAAACCAACGUGAUUUCUUUGGGGGAAAUGGAAGAAGACGAUCCAAUUGCUGAAUUAGAAAUUCCUCCCAAUGCAUUUUAUAGGAAAAAUGGGGAGGUCUACAAUGGCAAAGUGAAAGCCAGUGUGACAUUUCUGGACCCAAGAAACAUCUCCACAGCCCCUGUGACACAAAGUGACCUAAACUUUGUAGAUGAGGAAGGAGACGUAUUUCCGCUCCGCACGUACGGCAUGUUUUCUGUGGACUUCACGGAUGAACAGGGCACUGAGUCCCUCAAUGCAGAAGAGGUGAAGGUUCAUUUGGAUGCUGCUCAAGUCAAGAUGCCAGAGCAUGUGCAAGAGAUGAAGCUUUGGUCCCUGAACCCAGAGACAGGGUUAUGGGAGGAAGAAGGGGACUUCAACAUUGAGAAAAGCACACGGCGCAAAAGGGAGGAGAGAACCUUUUUGGUUGGGAACAUGGAGAUCAAAGAGAGGCGUCUUUUUAACCUGGAUGUCCCUGAGAGCAGACGGUGCUACGUCAAAGUCCGAGCCUACAGAAGCGAGAGAUUUCUGCAAAGCGAGCAGAUCCAAGGGGUUGUGAUUUCUAUUAUAAACAUGGAGCCAGAACCAGGGUUCUCCUCCAAUCCCAGAGCAUGGGGCCGUUUCGAUAGUGUAGUCACUGGUCCCAACGGCGCCUGUGUGCCCGCCUUCUGUGAUGAGCAAAACCCUGAAGCCUAUGGAGCUUAUAUCUUGGCAAGCUUGGGCGGGGAAGAGCUUGAAGCUGUGCCCUCUGCUCCCAAACUGAAUCCUGCUGCUAUUGGGGUCCCACAACCAUACCUCAACAAGCUCAACUACAGGAGGACAGACCAUGAGGACUCCAACAUCAAGAAAACAGCAUUCAGCAUUAACAUGGCCAAGCCAAGCCCUAAUUCCCCAGAAGAGAACAAUGGCCCUAUUUAUGCCUAUGAAAACCUCAGUGAAUGCGAGGAAGCUCCACACAGUGCUGCUCACUUCAGGUUUUACAGGAUAGAAGGAGACCGGUACGACUACAACACUGUUCCCUUCAGUGAAGAUGACCUCAUGAGCUGGACCGAUGACUACCUGGCGUGGUGGCCCAAGCCCAUGGAAUUUAGAGCCUGCUACAUUAAAGUAAAAAUAAACGGACCCCAGGAAGUGAAUGUAAGAUCUCGCAACAUGGGUGGGACACACCCGCACACCAUUGGCAAGCUCUAUGGCAUCAGGGACGUGCGCAGCAUCCGUGACCCGCAGCAGCGGGACGUGUCCGCAGCCUGCCUGGAGUUCAAGUGCAGCGGAAUGCUCUUUGACCAGGACCGCGUGGACCGCACGCUCGUCAAAGUCAUCCCACAAGGCAACUGCCGUCGAGUGAGCGUCAACAGCAUGCUCCACGAGUACCUGGUGAACCACCUCCCCAUGGCCACCAACAAUGACACCAGCGAGUACACAAUGCUGGCGCCUCUUGACCCGCUGGGACACAACUAUGGCAUCUACACUGUCACUGAUCAAGACCCGAGGAUCGCCAAGGAAAUCGCCCUGGGCAGGUGUUUCGAUGGCACAUCUGAUGGCACGUCCAGAAUCAUGAAGAGUGAUGUUGGCGUUGGGUUGACUUUCACCUGUUCAGAGAGGAGCGCGACAGAGCAAAGCAUCUUCCAGUCUCAGAGGAACUUGGGCCAGCAGUCUCCAAGGGAUUCAGGCCAGCAGCCUCCAAGGGACUCGGGCCAGCAGCCUCUGAGAGACUUGGGCCGGCAGCCUCUGAGAGAUUUGGGCCGGCAGCCUCUGAGAGAUUUGGGCCAGCAGCCUCUGACAGACUUGGGCCGGCAGCCUCUGAGAGAUUUGGGCCGGCAGCCUCUGAGAGAUUUGGGCCAGCAGCCUAUGACAGACUUGGGCCGGCAGCCUCUGAGAGAUUUGGGCCGGCAGCCUCUGAGAGAUUUGGGCCAGCAGCCUAUGACAGACUUGGGCCAGCAGCCUAUGACAGACUUGGGCCGGCAGCCUCUGAGAGAUUUGGGCCGGCAGCCUCUGAGAGAUUUGGGCCGGCAGCCUCUGACAGACUUAGGCCAGCAGCCUCUGACAGACUUGGGCCAGCAGUCCAUCCUGGUUCUGCCAGGGGAGAGCCCCGCGUACCGGAAGCCACCGGCAAGCCGCCGAAACAACCAAGCCAAGAUCCCCAUGAGAGGUCAACGUCCCACCUACUAGAGCUGUAUAGGAGCAUUGGUAAAGUCACUCAUGCUCAAUUAAAUAUAAUUUGAAAGUAACAUCAACCUGCUAAAUAACGUAAUUGAAAGCUCGUAGGUGUCAUUAUUUAUGUGACAUAAUUAAGGUGCCAUAUUUUUUUCCCCACCAGAAAGGAAAGACAUAAGGUGAGAACUGGGGGCCAGCAGAGGUAGUGAGUUUGUGUCUUACUAAAUGCAUCCAUAAAAAUCUUCUUUCUGCCUGACAUUAAACAGCUUCACAUGAUAGCCUAAAGGGAAGACUAAACAUAUGAUUCAAUUAAGUCAUGUACAUAAAACUUUCUUCUGUUCUGCAUCUGCAGACUUUGCCAGCCCAAGUACCGUACAGUAGUUGGUAACAUGAAAAGGAAUAAACUGAUUUUCUCAUACUGAA